UUUUUUCAUCUCUAAAAUGGGCUCACACUGCCCCAUUACUGGGGUUUCUUGAGCAUCCAGAGAGAAAAUGAAUGUGAGCCUGCUGGGCCAGCUGAAAGACAUUUUGUACCUGGAAGGCCAAGGGCACUGAAUUUGGAGUCUGGCUGUCAUUUCCUGUCUGUGCAUCUUGGGGCAAGGAGCUUGGCCUCGCUCAGUCUUGGUUUUCUCAUCUACCAGAUGGGAUACCACAGGCUGCCUCCCAGGGCGAUUCUGACAUCCAGAUCAAAUGUCCCUUCCGGCCAGGAAGACAGGGUUUGCCUUCAGUGAGCACCGCCGUGCCAGGCCCUGGACCGAGUGCACCAUGCACAUCCUAUCAUUCACCCUCCACAUGGUCCCAUGAGUCCCUAUCCCCACUGUACGAUGCUCAGAGAGGUCAAGCUAUUUGCCCAAGGUCACUGAGCUGGGAAGGGGCACCACCGUGAUACAAACCCAGCAUCUUGUCUAAAGUGCUUUCAGCACUUUGCCUUACUGGCUCACCUGUCAUCUGUUGUCAUUGACUCCAUCAAAGGCAGAUCCAGAAGCACCAGGGCAAGGAAGAAGCCAAUGCAGGGGCAUUAAGGCCUUGGUCAGCUGGGGUUGACAUGGCCAUUCUCAGGAUAAACUAGGACCUGGGACUUCCUCUCCCAUCUGUCCUUGGUGGCCUCCUGCAGCCAGGCAGCACCAGUGUGUAGUUUCGAAGUUGCCCACUAACAGCCACACAUUCCCACAGCCUGGGGAGCUCAGCCCUGCCUGGCAUGGGCCUGUGUCCUGUGGGGCCUCCAGGGAGGAGCUCUGGUACCUCUUAGGUCACUAACAGAACCAGAAAGGAACCAAGUGAGGGGCUCCCAAUCUCUCAUCUGACCCCCCACCCCCACCCCAUAGGAGGUGAGCUCUGCCCUUCCUCUGCACAUUAAUGAGAAUUACGAGCCCAUCCUGUAGUCACACGAGACACUCACUUUAGCUGUCAGACACAAACCGCCUCUACCCUCCUCCCAGAACGUUAGCUGGUCCAGUCUUUACAGCCAAGAGGAUCCCAGAGGUCAAAGACCUGCCCAAGGACAUACACCUGCUACCAACUGUGACCUUGGGCACACCUACCCACAAUAGCCAAGUCAACCCCAGUGAGCUGAAACCGGUUAGGCCAGUGCCAAGAAGCUGAGUGUUUUUUCACUCCAUGGUUUGCAGAGUUGGCUGAGAAAUGGAAUUGCCUGGAGAACUUUACCUCCUGAGGCCAAGCUGCUCCCAAGACAACUAAAUCAAAAUCCCUGAUGUCAGGAUGCUUCCACAGCAAUGACAAAAUGGAAAUCAAGCCUCCAUGUACUCCGAGAUCCAGCGGGAGCGGGCGGACAUUGGGGGCCUGAUGGCCCGGCCAGAUUACAGAGAGUGGAACCCGGAGCUCAUCAAGCCCAAGAAGCUGUUGAACCCAGUGAAGGCCUCGCGGAGCCACCAGGAGCUGCACCGAGAGCUGCUCAUGAACCACAGGAGGGGCCUGGGCGUGGACAGCAAGCCCGAGCUGCAGCGCGUGCUGGAGCACCGGCGGCGGAACCAGCUCAUCAAGAAGAAGAAGGAGGAACAGGAGGCCAAGCGGCUGCAGUGCCCCUUCGAGCAGGAGCUGCUGAGACGGCAGCAGAGGCUGAACCAGCUGGAAAAACCCCCGGAGCAGGAGGAAGAGCACGCGCCGGAGUUUAUGAAAGUCAGGGAAAACCUGCGGAGGAUCGCCACGCUGCCCAGCGAAGAGCGAGCCCUGUAGAGCGGCUGCAGCGCCCGGCAGCCCGGGCCCCCCACCCCGUGCCACGCACACCUGCUCCUGUAGAACAGCCUGGCCCUGGGAAGCUGGCGCCCCCUGAACGCCCAGCCGUUUCCUUCUGAGCACACUCCCCCCCUGCCCCAAAGGGAAGCCAUUGCCAGGUGAACCCUCACCAAGGUGCCCCUCCCUGCACAACUGCACAGUGGGUAUCGGAGCCCCUCUGGCUGUCAGGCCCGGAAGCAGCCCGGCUCCCUGGUCUCAGAGAACUCACCCACCUGUGGUUUCACCUGUGGCCAGGUGAGAGCAGCUAAGCAGAGCUCAGCUUCCAGGACACCCGCUUUGAAAGCCACCAAGGGCAGUGAGGGAAGGCACUGAGGCAGGGUGCAGCGCCCAUGGUGGCAGCAAGCAAGGUAGACACUCACGAAGGGCACUGAGGGUUUGCCAACGCCCCCCACCCCCACCACACCCAAGCUUUGCUCUCCUCCUCUCCCCCGCCCAGUCCGGACCUUGUGAACACACCUAACGAUGCGUUUCACACACCUGCUUGUGCGUAGGAGCCACAGGGGCUCAUGUUCAGUUACGGCGCCUGAUCUGGCGGACGUGGGCCGGGGGCUCCCAGGAAAGGCCGAAGCUGGAGCACCCGGGGUGGACCCUGCCUUGGGGCUUCCCCACCCCACUCCACGGAAGACUGUGGCUCUCUGGCCCAGCGUCUGUGUCGCAGAUGUAAUGAGUGUUUUCCCCAGGGACAGACGUAAUUGCCAAUCUGUGUUUCUCACCUGUGCAACUGCACCAAUAUGCGACUCCAGCCAAAAGCAGCGAAGACUUCACCUUUUCCUCUCGCCUUUGGAGAGCGUGUGCUCCCACCCCCACCCAGCACCUCCAGAGAGAGCUGCCACCCACCACCCAGAUGCCCUUUCUCACUCCUAUCUGGGUGACCAGCCAGGGACCAAGGGUGGUGUCCCCUUCCUGUGAGCGGUGCCCGCAGAGGUGUAGAUGUAGCCAUUCUGUCUCUGUGUGUGCAUGCUCAUAUUCACGUUCAACCGAGCUCAAAAAGCUCCUGAACCUGACGCGCUGAGGGUGCGGUGCCGCUGUGUAAACAUCAGCCGGAUGAGGUUUAUGCCGAAGAUGCACGAUCCCUAAAUAAAGGCCACCUGUGCCCCAGAAGUCCCCCUUGGGGGUCUGUGUGUUGUUCGGACGUGUGGAGAGAAGCCAGACUGGGCGUCCGGGAGGAAGCAGGCCAUUCCCAGGGAACUCGUGGAAUUCCAAUGGAUGGCCACCAGGGUGCUCCUUGGAGGCAGCAUGUCAUGGAGAGAAAGUCCCAGAGGUGGAAGGGACCUCAAGCCCCAGGGGAGCCAUGGCAGACACCCAGUUCACUCCCCAGUGGGCAGUCCAACUCCAUCUCCCUAGCUACUGCCUGCUAGACGCUGUAAAUCCAGACUCUCACUAUUCCACCUCUUUUGACACUGAAGGUGACCAUGUGACCAUGUAUGGCCAAUGAAACUGGAGAGGAAGUCCACAGGGGCUUCUGGGAAAACUCAGGCUUUUCGGAUGAAAGAGCCAUGGCUAACACCUCCCUCCCUUUCCCUUCCUCCUGCCUUGACUGAGGAAGUGACGCCUGGAGCCACAGCAGACAUUUUACCACAUGAGGAAAAAAAGCCAAGAGAAUCGCAGACAUCAACCCUAUCGUCCUUGGACCAAGCCAGUGCCAGCAGCUAUCCUCCAGAGGUCUUGUAAAUAAAAAUAAAUCACUCUUUGUUGUAA